AUGAGGACUUCAGCUCUAUGUCCUCUUCAGCCUAUUGUGCGGCAAUCAGAUGCAGAACGGUCGCCCGUGGCACGAAAGUCACCUACCGUCCUUCCACCGCUUCGAGGUGUUGAGGCGAUGAACUCCAUGGGAGCGCGGCCAAGGCUUCCGUCCACCUCGCCUAUGAGUCCUCGUGGCUCUAAAUUAUCUGAAAGGACACCUGAUGAUGACCGCAGCUCUGAUUUGCAAAGGCAGGGAUCGUCACUCUCCAAAUUAUCUGACUCCCUUUUUAAGGCCAGGAACGACUCUGUAAGGUGGCUCUUAAGCGACAACAUGGAAAUAGCAAAUAUAGACGACACAUCCAUGAUUACCCCUAGUUGCCAAACACAGCCCCGUGAGGUGAUUGUGAGCAUACCGGGAUACUUUUGUUAUUGCAGCAGCUUUUCGCUUUUUAUGUACAGGAUCUUGUCCACUAAGAACGGCAGGGAGCCUGUUUUUCAAUUGGUCCGGAUCAUCAACUUACCUGGGACCCACAUCUUGUCAUUGACUGCCGACAAGCAGACGAUGCAGGUGGCCAUCUCCAGCAUGGACCGCCGCAUUCAUCUAUACUCCCUUGUUACAGGGGAGCCCACGCAAGAUGUCAUAUUAGAGCUACAAUCUCCCCCUGUCUCCAUCAAGUUCCAUCCCAGCAUUCCGCAUAGCUUGUUUCUCCUCCACUAUUCAGCACAGAGCGAAGGAGAGCUUCGCCUACUUCACAGCAUCACAGGAAAGUCCGUUGUCGUGAAGGCAGGCCUUGACAAAGCACUGGCACUGACAUGCAGUCCAUAUAGCAAGGAACUAGCGGUCUCCUUUGAAUCCGGAGAGAUCUUUGUUAUCGGACUAUCUGCAGAUGGAACCGAGGAGAUCUAUUCCCGUUCCUUGAUUGCGGGUACCUUUACAUCUAAGCUUCCAGACCUGGUUGCAUGGAACUCCAAGCACAACGGUGCUAAAGCAAAGUCAGAAACUAUCAAAUCUAACAUAAAGUACGUGCGCAAACUUUUAGACUAUGUUUCCACGGUCUUGCUAAAGCCUGUCGAGCCCGUGUCAGUAUCCUAUGACCCCACCAAUCAUGAGACUCUGCUGGUAGUAUUUGCGUUUGGGCUCCACUGCCUGUUCAACACUGCGACUGGCGACUGCUUAGUGAUAUACUUUGCUCGAGAAGGGAGACAGUUGGAUACAUCUAGGCUUAGGACAAUCUUUAAUAUUGGCCUCAUAGAUACCACACUUAACAACGCUGACAGUAAGAACAUUUUCACUCCCGCUGGGACGCUUCCAAAUGGGAUUUCUUCGUGCAUUUUUGUUCCUGGGCAGGCGGGAAGGUUCAUCAGCACCGAUUGUGACGCAGGAAUCGUGCGCAUCUGGUCCGUGAACAAUCCCCACGAUCUGUCUGCGCGUCGUGUUGCUUCUACUGCACUAUCUGGAGCAUAUAUAGUAGAGUUGGAUCCAUUUUUGCAAAAUGAGCCCAUAGCUUCUAAUUGCCUUCCUACCGGCCUCACUGUCAUCACCCCGACGACCACAACACUGUCUUCCUACGUAAUAGCUCUAGUAGAUUCAUUUGGGGGCAUAUCGAUUUAUUCCAGUGACUUUCGUGCUCUUGUUCUAAGCAUACCCUCGUCUCAUUACGAUAGGAUUCUUUCAUUGACCUAUGAUCCCUUCAAUCCUCUAGUAUUUUGUACAGUAGGAUGUGACGGGCUUGUCAAGCAAUGGCGCACAGACUUUAUAACAGAGCAGCACACAACUAGCGCCUCGGCGUUCAGUUGUAAUAAUAAGCAAUACCAGCGGGUCUUAAUACCGUACAACGGAUCGGGACGCUUUAAGACGUGGAAAAGCAAUGAUCACGGGAAGAUUGCUGUGGCAAAGGCCCCUGCGUGUGUCUCGGUAAUCUACGCGCCAGCAGAAGAUCUACCGUACGUAUUAUGCUCAUAUAUAAAUGGUGACAUACGCUUCUUUCAAAAGCACACUGGGCGACAUACGUGCGACCUCAUUUCUUCGUCUUCAUUCUACGAUUCAGGCCUCUUGAUUCCCAAGAAGCACCACUUCUUCAGCAAUUAUGACAAGGGGUUUCUCACCGGUCUAUUCAGCUCCACCCUUAGGAUCCCCCACGCGACAACCCUAGCCUGGUCUGAUCUGAAGCCGCAGCUCAUUGUCACCGGUUGGACGGAUGGGUGUCUGCGUUUCUUCUUGUCUACCCGCGGUGUUCACGAAUCAGUCGUCGAUGCAGAUGAAUUGGUAAUGUCUUUUCGACUUCUAGCCGUCUUUUCGGUUCCUUGGUUCUUCUCGGCACCAGAUAACGACGGCUUCAGCAUUCGUGCCACCAAAUUCAUUCCUAAGACAUUAAUCGUCGCUGCAGCCUUAGAGUCGGGCCAUCUGCUAUUCGUCAACGUGCGGCCGCUACUCUCAAAGACAAUUCACUCUCUCUUUGACAUGUGCUAUGAAUUCGACGCCGGCUUCUCGGCUGAAUCCAACUACUCAGGCAUAACUAACGAUCAAGCAGCAUUGGAGGCGGGCAAAAGUGACGCCCAAAACACAGACGAAAAGCUUUAUAGACAGCUUAAGCCUCUCUUUACAGAAACAGCUUCUGUUCUCGCUAAUACUUCAAACAUCUUUGUGUUUAACUUAACCAUUUCAUACAGAUGCCACCUUGAGCACAGGACAGUGAUAUUCCAGCACUCUUCGUACACCACGGCGCCCCUGCAACACCAUGGUGGAACUCCAAGGAAGAUCUGUUGCCUCGACAUCCACCCACGUGCGGCGUCGUCGACUGACGCAGAUGACUACAACCUGCUGGCUUUGGGGGAUAACAUGGGAGUAAUGAGUAUACUCCAUAUCGACUCUAAUAUUUGCACAGGAAACCUACCGGAGGGCCGCAUUCUAAUCAAGCACGUCUAUACUUGUCUUGGAACCACCGGAAACCGUCCCACACAUAGUCGGCGAGCGCCCUUAAUUCGGGCGCUCAAGUUCACUCACGAAGUACCAACCUUUAUCCUCCUUUCAGCAUCGUCUGGCGAUUUUCAGCUAAUCGAUUACACUCUGUCUCGCUGUGUAGCACAAGCAAAGGCUAUCAAGGUUCAUAACUCUGAGGUGUUCUCGAUGGAUAUACAUCCCCUAAAUCCGUACACCUGUAUUGCUGCAUGCCAAGAUAAUUCCAUCAGACAAUUCAGCCUCUUGUCUUGCGGCCUUGGAAUGUCUUUUUUGGGCUUUGUAUCCUUGAAGUACCUCUGGUCUAUAUUCACUGAUCGCUCGCCCAGUGCCUUUGCCACUUCUAUCCUAGAUGUGUGUCCCUUUAAAAACACUCUCUUCGACAACGAGGGUGUCCAUGCAAUUGGCUCUAUCAUUAGCAGUUGCUUGGGAGCCAGCGCAAGUACAAAUGAUGAUCGUGAGACAAAGCUACCUUCCUACGUACUAGACCUCAAUGCAGCAUUCGCUUCUAUCGGAUCCUUUUUCCACACAAAUCAAUCUCUCUUUGCAGCUGUUGUUGCGCUAAUACAGGGCAGGGUGACCCCGUACACGCCUUCUCCUGCAUAUGGAUAUUUGCAUGUUGUCAGACGCGUAGAGGCCAUUGUCUCCGUGCUUCUCUCAGAAGUGAUGCAGAUCUGCCAGGUUCCCAUGUUUGCUACUCUUGAGGAAGAAAUUUCAAGGACAUACCAACACAUAUGUACUGAUAGUACACUUUCCUCUGGUUCUGGAAUAGGGCUGAAUGAAAUGAUCUCACAAAUCAAGCAUGAUCUAGGCGGGACGGUGACAAUAUACACCUUGGGAACGGAUGUAUGCUUGAGGGACACGCCAUUAUCGGUGUCUAAUAACAUCACAAACAAGUUUAAAUACGUUCUACAGCUACUUCUUCUGUCGCACAAGUAUGCACUUCUCUCAGACGUUUUAUGGCAGUUUGGGUUUCGUAACGAAGCUCUGCAGGUAUCAAUGUCAGUCAACGAUAAGGAGCGCUGGUUUUCCCAACUUGUUCAUGAAGCAGAAGAGGUCGCACGGCAAGGAGGCUUCCUUUUGCAUGCAAGUAUCUCCACCCCAACAUCAACAGCCUCGGAGGCUCCCUUACGCGAUGCUAUCUCACAGACCAGAGCCCGGUACAACCUUGAAAGUGCAAUCCCAGCUGAUCUAGGCACGAUUCUUCUCCAGAAUGAUCCUGCGGCUCUUGCACUCUAUUUACUGUCUGUAGGAAAGUAUGUCGAGGCCAAAAUUGUGCUUUCUUUUGCCGUUUAUAAUCUGACUUCUACUCACCACCUCUAUGAGUUCGAUACCUUAUAUGGCGGGUCAAGCUCAGUUCGAGUGGCUGCACUACCUUGUCCUGCAUCGUCUGAAAACUUCCCCCUGGGCCUAGACACUCUCAAUACCUUGUACGCGAUAACGUCCUUAAACAUCGCUGCCACUUAUUGUGACGCCCGCCAGCCUCUAGCAGCGGUUUGUGAACUGCUUGUGUGCAGAAGCUAUGACCAAGCCACAAGGCUACUCCUUCUGAACAGGAGUGUCACUCUACUUAUUUUAUUAUUAACCAUGCUCAUUAAAGCAGGAGAAGAAAAUCCACGGCUACUUACACCACAAAAGCUAUAUCCUGCAUCUUACCUACAUGGCGAGAAGUCCUCGGUUGAUGGUACAGACGACUGGGUUCCAGUCAAUGCCAUUCAGCGAUACAAGGCCUUGCUGGUGACUAUGACGAUAGAAUUAUAUUACUCAUACGUUCAUGGAAGCGUAUUUCUUUCUGACGAGGCUCAUACUAUGGCAGAAGAUGAUGCGGGACCUAACUAUCAACUUGAGCCGCUACUAUCAGCAUCCAUAGGAAGCUUAUACAAAGAGGUCGAAGAUACUUCAUUUGACAAGUCCGGUGUCCUUGCGCCCAAGUGCCUAACCGUAAGGGAUGUUGUUAUGCGCUAUACGGGCAACUAUGACGUGGAGUGCGCAGCACAACUAGAUGAGAGCAGGCUAGCAGAGCAUCUAUCAAGUAUUCAGGGUCGCAUUGAAUUCAGCGACGAACCAGACGCGUUUUCCUCGCUGACGGGGUCUGUGUGCAAGGUCUCAUUCCGCUCCCUUGUACACUUUAUAGUGAAGAAACUCUUAGAUGAGUUUCGCGGGCAUUCAGAGGCGUAUAGCAUGUCGCCACAAGAUGCCUAUGGCACCUGCAGAGACGCUGGGGCAGAGGCGCCAGAGUCUGCUGAGGCUGUACCGAUCAGUAAUUCUGCGGCGGAGCUUGCUGCCAAGCCUGUUUUACCAGUCUGGAAAUCAAUAUCCAAACUGCCCAAGGCGGCUUCGGAACAAGUCGUAGCGUCUGAGAAAGCAGAGGACCACGAAAAGAUGGAUGCUGGUAGUGACGGCAUGCACCUAGAGCAACAGUCUGCAGUAGUAAUGCAGUCAAACACGGCACCGAACGACGAUGAGCUUGGCGACAACGACGUAUUCCGGCUGGAUAUAGACCCCGGAUAUGGAUGUCCCAGCGAUGAUGAUUAUGUCCACUCUGUGCAUGACGUAUACCGACACCAGUUAGUCCCCGUGCUGCAUCAAGCUAAGGACGGGGCCGCCCUAUCUGAUGCGUCCAAGAAGACCAGCUGUGUAGCAGCCGAAACCUAUGAUCUUAUAUCUAAGCUUAUCCUGAAACUACCGGUGACGGAUGCCAAUUGGGAUACUCUAUCACCCUAUAUCUCUUUCCUCGCCAAAUGUCUUCCGUGUACAGGCGCUCAGAGGGUGCAUCUACCAUCAACGAUGCCGCACAUUUGCAUCUGCUUUUUGGCAGCAGCCGGCUGCUCCUUCCUCUAUGGACAACACAAGACAGCUAGAACAAUUACUUUGGCUUUGAACAAAACUGUCACCAAGCACCCGGAAACGGAGGUGUUUUCAAUAAAGGAGAUCGUGAAUGGGAUACUAGACAAGAGGAUAUCGGUUCUGCCUGUCAGCAUUAAUGGAGACCAGCCCCUGUUGUACAAGGGAGAAACGUUCUUUGACAACUCCGACGGACGUUGCUUCUCCCUCUUCCUAUUCUUUGAUAAGUAUAUGCACUGGAGCACCUCUGUUCUUAUAUAG